AGAGUUGUAGUGUCAUUCAAGGAUGAUGAGCUCCUCAGACUCAAAAUCCACGUUAAAACAACAUCAUUUUCCCUUUGAAAAAAAUAAAAGCAAUUUUUUAUUGCUAAAGGGGAGAAAAAGACAUGAAAUUCCACGUCAUCGAUCCGCGCGAACGAUAUUUCAAGUGUUUGCAGCCCUUGGAUCUCCACCUCUCUCAUCCAAUAUCAGCGGUAAAGAUUCCUUCCCCACUUUCCCCCCCUUAAAAAACCACCUGACUUUCGCUCUCUGUGUUCUCUCUCGCUCUCUGAUUUGAUGGAUUCAUCAACAGCAACUGUUCCUCCGGCUACCGCCGGGGCUGAGGUCUCUCUCCCACCUCCCGUGGACUCGUCAACAGUUCCUUCUCCUCCUCCUCCUGCUCCUCCGGCGACCGUGGAAACCAGCGUGCCACUUCCGGCUGCCACCGACUCGACUACUGCUCCUGUGGUCAUUAUGGAGCCUCACAUAGCUCAUGCAGCCACCGCCCCUCCCAAGCAAGCCUCCAGCUACCACCCCAGCCACCCUCCUUACGCAGAGAUGAUAGUGUCUGCGAUCAGAGGUCUGAAUGAGAAGAAGGGUUCGAGCAAGAAAGCCAUAGCGAAGUUCAUCGACGCGGCCUACACCAACCUCCCACCGACCCACUCCGCUCUGCUAAGCACCCAUCUGAAGCGGUUGAAGAAGAGCGGCCACGUCGUCCAGGUCAAGCACUCCUACAAGCUCCCCAAGGCUGCUCCGUCAGCUCCCAAGAAGGGUCGCGGCCGUCCACCGAAGAGCAAGCUCCAGAUCGUCCAGCAGCCCGUUCCAGUGGUUAUAGGCCCCGAUGGCGUCCCUAUUCUGCAGAAGAGAGGACGAGGUCGCCCACCAAAGCCCAAGCCUCUAUCUGCUGCGGCUAAUGGCCAUCUUUUGAUCAGGAGGGGACGUGGGCGCCCACCCAAGUCCAAGUCCAAGCCCUUCAUUGUUGCUGGGGCGAAUGGGCCUGUCCUUGCGCCCAAACCAAGGGGCCCGCCUAAACCUAGGGCCCCACCUAAGCCCAGGCGCGUCGCAGUUCCUGGAUACCAGGGACCACCUAGACCAAGAGGUCGGCCCAGGAAGAUCCUCGCGGUCGCACCUCCUGUUGGGGCGGGGUCGGUCGUCGCUCCCAUUGUUGUAAAGCAAGGCCGUCCCCGUGGCCGACCACCGAAGGUGGUGGCGAAUAAUGUCGAUGUCGGUGGUGCAGCUGGCGCCGUGCCCGUUGUUUCUAGUGGUGAUUUGCCCGCUGCUGGUGUAGCGUCACCCGCAAAACGAAGGGGUCGACCGCCGAAGGCGGCUAGCGCGACACCGACGCCAAAGAGACCGGUUGGACGGCCGAGGAAAGUAGCUGCAGCGCAAUGAUAGGGGAGCGUUUGGGUUGUGCUGGACGUUUUAGACUUCUAAUAUGUUGUCAGUUAGUUAUUUGGUAGUGUUUGUUUAAAAUUCGAAGGGUGGGGGGAGGGUGGUUGGUGGGGUUUGUGUUGUAAUUUGGUUCAAUGUACAAAUCGUCCACACUUGAGAAGCUUACCCAAAUUUUAUUAGAAUUCUCAGUUGGGUUUGUUUUAGAGACUCUAUUGGAAAGUUCAUAGUCUGAUCUUAAUAAAAGACUAGUAUUUAUCUUC